AAUUGAACCUCAUACCUAACUUUCUAACUUACCAACCAGCAGUUGCAUGGAAUGCCUCAAAUCAUGAUUAAAUGCCAAGACACAACUGAAAAACCUAAUCCCAUGACAAAACUCUUCAUCCACGUUCCGCCAAGCAAUGACGGCACAACCCUCAUCACAUUAUCGUCGGAUCCAACUCCUCUUCCCCCUCGCUUUGUUUUCCAUGCUAAUACUGGGGACGGUGCGUGUUUUUCUUGACAAUUUGAAGAACAAUCAGCUAUAUCUGCAUUGGAGAGGAUUAAGCAGAAGAUCAUUUAGAGUGCCAAUUAAUGUUUCUGAAGAUGAAAUAAUCAAAGAUGGAUGCAAUGUUUUUGAAGGGAAAUGGAUUUGGGAUAAUGAAAGUCAUCCACUUUAUAGAGAAGAAAGUUGCCCAUUUUUGGUUAAACAAACUACAUGCUUAAGGAAUGGGAGACCUGAUUCUUUCUAUCAGAAUUGGAGGUGGCAGCCUAAUUCUUGCAAUUUGCCAAAAUUUAAUGCACUCAAGUUUCUGGAGAUGUUGAGGGAUAAAAGGUUGAUGUUUGUUGGAGACUCAAUACAAAGAGGCAUGUUUGAGUCUAUGGUUUGUUUGGUACAAUCUGCAAUACCAGAUGGAAUGAAAUCUCUUACAAGAAUUCCCCCCAGGAAAAUUUUUGCAAUUGAGGAGUUCAAUGCGACAAUUGAGUACUAUUGGGCUCCCUUCAUUGUCGAGUCAAUUUCAGAACAUGCAACGAAUCAUACUGUAUUGAAACGCCUCGUCAAGCUUGAUUCUGUUGCUAAGCACAGUAAAGAGUGGGAAGAAGUUGAUAUUUUGAUCUUUGAAAGCUACGUUUGGUGGAUGCACAAACCUCAAAUCAACGCAACAUAUGGAUCUGAGGACAACAUUCAAGAAUAUAAUGCAACAACUGCCUAUAGAUUGGCAUUAGAAACGUGGGCGAAUUGGAUAGAAUCCAGCAUUAAUCCUCGAACUCAAAAGAUCUUCUUUGCGACAUUAUCUCCAACUCAUUUGUGGAGCUGGGAAUGGAAGCCUGGAAGUGAUGGUAAUUGCUUUACAGAAACACACCCAAUUGAAGGAUCGUACUGGGGAACAGGUUCAAAUCUUGAAAUCAUGGGAAUAGUAAAAGAAAUCACGGGAAAAUUGAAGGCCAAUGUAAGAUUAUUAAACAUAACCCAAUUGUCAGAAUUCAGGAAAGAUGGACAUACCUCAGUGUUUGGUGAACGAAAAGGCAAACUCUUGACUAAAGAACAGAGAUCUGAUCCAAAAAAUUAUGCUGACUGCAUCCACUGGUGCUUACCGGGAGUCCCUGAUUCUUGGAAUGAGAUUCUGUACGCACUGUUGUUACAAGAUUAUCGGGUUCCUCAAUCAUCAUUAAGUGAAGCGAAAACUCCAGUGCCUUGAAAGCAUGGCAAAUCAAUCUCAUUUUUCCCAUUUGAGAGGCUACAGAAAUUGCAAAAGUCUCAUCUUUUCAUUGGAAGUAGGAUUUCACAAGCAGAUUACGAGAUUUGAGCCAAUAUUUACCUCUUGAGCUUGUGCUUGUGAAUUGGUACAACUUGCUGGGACAAACCAGAAGUUAUUGUGUUGGGAAACACAGUAGAAAUGCAGUGGAAGAGGAAAAAAAAUUACAACUUUGGCGCAGUGAAGAGCUUUAUAAGGUUAAUGAGGAACCAAUCAAUUUAUAGCUGAAAAAAGUGUUCUGAAAAUUUUCAAGACCACAAAUUUUUUAUGUUAUUCAUUUGAUAAUUGUUAUACACUAUCGAAUACUGCAAUGUAAACAUUUAAUUUGAGCUCCCUGGUGUUGGAAACAGAAGUGCUACAUAGGAACACAUAAAUUACAGCUAUGCAGCAAUGGGAUUGAUGUGUGCAAACUAUAAAAUGGGGCCA